CCUAGUUUCUUAGGCUGACGUUGUCUAAACGGGAAAAUGGCGGUGGGUGAACAGUCUGCAGACGAAUGUGGCCGCUCCUUAGCUUACAACUGCAAAAGACGCAGUAUUAACAUGGCGCAUCCUUUGCCAAGAGGAAUUGUAAGAAAUGUGCUGUUUGUGGCUUCAAUCGCCUGCUUGUUGCAAGUAGCCUUGGGAGACGGAAAGACACUCGUUCUGUUGGAUAACCCGAACAUCAAAGACACUCAUUCAAUAUUCUUCCGCAGUCUAGCCGACCGUGGCUUCGACCUUUCAUUCAAAACUGCCGACGAUCCUAGCCUGUCUCUCAUUAAAUAUGGCCAGUUUCUGUAUGACCAUCUCAUCCUUUUCUCCCCAUCAGUGGAAGACUUCGGCGGAAAUAUCAACGUAGAAACCAUUACAGCCUUCAUUGAUGGAGGCGGAAAUGUUCUUGUUGCUGCAAACUCAGACAUCGGUGACCCCUUAAGAGAACUUGGCAGCGAAUGUGGCAUUGAGUUUGAUGAAGAAAGGACUGCAGUCAUUGACCAUCAUAAUUAUGAUGCGUCAGACCCUGGUGAUCACACUUUAAUUGUUGCUGAUCCAGAGAACCUCCUCAAAGCACCAACUAUUGUUGGCAACCCCACUGCCAACCCUAUCCUUUUCAAGGGUGUUGGCAUGGUGGCUGACCCUGAAAACCCUCUGGUGCUGGAUAUUCUUACCGGAUCCUCCACCUCCUACUCUUUCUUCCCUGAUCAGCCCAUCAAACAGUACCCUCACGCUGUGGGAAAGAACACACUUCUGAUCGCAGGCCUCCAGGCCAGGAAUAAUGCUCGUGUGGUCUUCAGCGGCUCCCUGGACUUCUUCAGCGAUGCCUUCUUCAGCUCUCCUGUGCAGAAGGCUUCAUCGGGAUCCCAGCGACAUGAGCAGAAUGGCAACUUGGAGCUGGCCGAGGCUCUGUCCAGCUGGGUGUUUAAGGAGGCUGGCGUGCUCAGGGUGGGAGCUGUCACCCAUCAUACUGUUGGAGAGAGCUCCCCACCAGCUGCCUACACCAUAACAGACCUGGUGGAGUACAGCGUUGUGAUUGAGAUGCUGUCUGAGGGCCGCUGGGUGCCUUUUGAUGGUGAUGACAUUCAGCUGGAGUUUGUCAGGAUCGACCCCUUCGUCAGGACCUACCUUAAGAAAAAUGGUGGAAAAUACAGCGUCCAGUUCAAGUUGCCAGAUGUGUAUGGUGUGUUUCAGUUCAAGGUUGACUACAACAGGCUGGGCUUCACACACCUGUACUCCUCAACACAGGUGUCUGUUCGUCCACUGCAGCACACUCAGUAUGAGCGUUUCAUCCCUUCUGCUUACCCGUACUAUGCUAGUGUCUUCUCUAUGAUGGGUGGGCUCUUUCUCUUCACUGUUGUGUUCCUACAUAUGAAAGAAAAAGAGAAGUCCGAUUAAGGGAAGUCAGGCACUGGAGUAUUGGGGUGAAUUGGGGUCAAAGCCAUGUGUGUGACAAGACCGUAAGGGUAAAGGGGGGAGGGGUUGCUGAGUGUCAUGUACAACUUCCAGGCUGUCGUUGAUCUGGAAGAUAACUGAAAAAGGACCUGUGUAUGUGCCUGGUUUAGGUUCAUAGUGUGUAUUAUACCACUAUUGUUUUUAUACAGGCAUUAAGGACCUACAUCGUUGCUUCCUCACUGUGUAUAUAAUGUUUUCUUCCCACAACAGAGGAUGCCCACAUACUUCGAAUUGAGAAAUGGGCUGGGUUUAUGUCAGUGAGGAGAGAGUAUGUGUUUUUGUUUUAAAAAUUCAGACUUCUUUGAAGAGGAAGAUACCGAUUCAAUAAGAAAUGCACUGAUUACUUGGUUCCUGUUUUGAAAUUGCUGAUAGAAAAUUGAAAAUGUUCAAUGUUUGUAUUAAAAAAAAAAAAAUUGUUUGAAUCCCAAAACUGCAGUAAAAAUAUUGACAUUCCACCCUA